AUGGUAAAACAGAAAGACACCCUUGAUACCACCGUGGACCAAAAAAAUUUAAUCGCCCAGUUUCUUCUACAAUGUACCAUUGAGGGAAAUCUUCCUUUUGGAUCAAAGAAGAAGGCAGCAACAACAUUUGGAGUCAGCUACAUGACAGUUCGUCGCAUUUGGGCAGCAGCAAUGGAGCAGGUUGCAAAAGGAGAGCCAAUACAAUUCAAGUCAAAUAAGAAAGGCAAACAACAUGCAGAUUUAUUAUUGAUUGAUGAAGCUAAAUUCAGGUCUCUGUCAGUGUUAGAAAGAACAACCAUAAGAAAGAUGGCUUCAAAGCUUGAGGUCAGUAAAUCACUUGUAGGUGUAUGGAUUAAACAGGGAAAACUAAGGCCACACACAAAUGCAAUUAAAUCUCAACUUUCAGAAGCAAAUAAGAUUGCUAGGAUGAAAUGGAGUUUGAGUCAGCUGAGGUUAGACAAUAAUUUGGAUAAGAUGUUUUACAACAGCAUGCAAAACGUAGUUCAUAUUGACGAGAAGUGGUUUUACAUGACCAAAGCAUCAGAUAGAUACUACCUUCUCCCCGAUGAAAUUGAGCCCUAUAGGUCCAUCCAAUCAAAAAGGUUCAUCAAUAAAGUUAUGUUCAUGUGUGCCGUAAGCAAGCCACACUUUGAUAGUAAUGGUGAAUUGCUAUUUGAUGGGAAGUAUGGAAUUUUUCCAUUUACUACUCAAGUGGCAGCACAACGAAACUCCAAGAAUAGAGUUAGGGGUACAUUAGAGACUAAGCCAAUCAAUUCAGUGAACAAAGAAAUCAUGAAAGACUGCAUCAUUAAUCAGAUUGUUCCAGCCAUAAAAGCAAAAUGGCCAGCUAGCUCAUGCAAGGAUAUUAUCAUCCAACAAGAUAAUGCGAAACCACAUAUAAUGCCAAAUGAUCAAGAAUUCAAGGAAGCAGCAAAUACGGAUGGUUUCAAUAUUAAGAUAGUUUGUCAGCCACCUAACUCUCCAGACACAAAUGUUAAUGACUUAGGUUUCUUUAGGGCCAUCCAGUCAUUACAAGAUGACAAAUCAGCCAAGAAUGUGGAUGACCUUUUGAAGAAUGUGGUGGCUUCAUUUGAUGAACUGUCACCACACACUCUUGAUAGUGUCUUCCUCACCUUACAAAGUUGCUUGACAGAGAUAUUGAGAGUAAAAGGUGGGAAUAACUACAAGAUUCCACAUAUGAACAAGCAACGGUUGAGAAAUCUAGGGCUUCUACCAAUGUUUCUUGAAGUGGACAAGGAUUUGAUUCGGGACAGCUUGAACUACCUACUGCUGCCUGAAAAUGAUGCUGGUGCCGAUAUUGAUCUGUCAUUUCUGAAUGACUAUUUCCAGAUAUAG